GGGUGGAGAUGGGGGGGGGGGUUUACGUUGACACUCUCCAGCCCCCAUCAGGCUGCAGGCGCUUGCCAGACCCUGCGUGGCCGCAGGGAGCCCGAGCGGCAGCCCCCAGGGAGCGGGAAAGGGCCGCGGCUGCCCCUCGGUCCGUGGCCCUUCGGCGGAGCCCGAAGGCUAGAGCCGCUGCGGAUCAAAGGCUGCCCGGGGCACCGAGCAAACCUAGCAGGGAUGGCAACUCCCAGCCACUUCGCUGUUUGUCUGGGAAACAAUAGGAAAGCCUUUGCCAAGCUGGAGCGAUUUCUUUUUUUUUUUUUUUUUUUUUUAAUGCGAGGUAGCCAGGAAAAAGAAAAGCGGGGUAGGGGAGAUGGAGGGCGGCAGAGCAAAGCCGUGUUUCCCUCCGGGGCUGGCUAAUUCUGUUGGCGCUGCGACCCGGGGCUUCUUCUCCAGCCCUCUCCGUCGGGCGAGGCACGGACCCCCAGGGCGCGGGGUCCGGAGAGUGGGCGGGCGUCUCGGCGGGGCACAGACGUCGUGCCCCGGCUCGGAGCUGCGGGACCAAGGGAGAGCGACCUGCCCGGAGCCUUGGGGACGGGUCCGCCGGUCCCCACGCGGGCCGAGGCGAUGACCUGUCCGCCCCAGGCGCGCAGCCUCGGGCCCCGGAGGAGCACCAGGGAGCUGUAACAUUUGCAAGAGACGCGCCGAAAAUGCCGUCGAGGGGCGCUGGAAACGUGCCCCCCGGCGCGGGCGGGGGCCAGGGCAUCGCCCCCGCCUCUGCCCCGCAGCCGCCUCCCCGCCGGGAUGCGGACAAGCCCCGGGGGCUGGCGGCUGCGCCCCGGGGCUGCUGCUGCCGCCUCGCUAGAUCUGUCGCUGCUGGCUCCAGAAAAAGCUGUCCAAGUCCUGUUCUCUGGAACGGCUCCUGGGCCGCGGGAUCCGCGUCCAAAAAUGUUGAGCAAUGCCGCGGACAGCCAAAAAGCCAUUUCCUACUUGCUCCUAGGACUUUUCCAGGGGACUCCAGCCUGGCAGAGGCUGGCAAGUUUGCAGCCUCCGCUCUUGACAAAAUCCAAACGGUGGCCGCGAAGACCGUGCCCUCCCCCGGGAGAGGAGGCGGUGGGCUCCAGCAGUCCGGCGGGGCAUGCGGCAGGGCUGGCGUUCCCGUUGCGAGAGGGGGCUGUAAGCUGGAAAAGCUCCAGGAACCCCUGCGUGAUGAAGAGCAGCUACGGCCUGGAGCAGAAACCCCUCAAGCCCCUGAGAGAGGGAAAAAGCGGAGCGGCCUCUCAUCGCUUGUUGCUAUAAAUCUGCGCUCGCAUCUGUCGCAGAGGGAGGAGAACACAGCAGUGAGGCCUUCCUGAGACAGAAGGGGAGCAAGUUAGGGGACCGCCAAGCCCCCCAGGCCCCCCGGGAGAUGCGCGCUGCCCGCAGGAGGGCCCUGUGUGCAUUUACAGUCCUACCAGGGGUGGGUUUUUUUCUUUCUUUCCCUCUUUCCACAACACUAGAUU